AGUGCCUCCAGUGACAAUGGCGUGCGGUUAAUUUUAAUUUUUUUUUUUUUUGCCACAAAUGUUACUUAUAUAUUAUUAUAAAAUUUUUGCAAAUUUCACCUAACUCAAUGAAUUUUUGAAAAAAAUUUUUUUUUUUUGUGAAACUAUAUUAAAAUUUAACCAUACUGUCUCAUAAAAAACCAAUUUUCUUUUUUUGAGAAAAAUUCUAAAAUAUGUAUUCUUAUUACAAGAGGAUCAAAUUUGUCGACGUAUAAUAUACACGUGCGUCUCUUUUAAGAUGUUGGACCGUAAGCUUUCAAGUAGGAAAUACCAGUCCAAAUUCUUCAAUUCUCUCUCUCUCUCUUCUUUGCUGUGUUCGAGAGUUGAGUUUUAUGUAGUUUUCUGAGAAAAUCGAUUGACUUUAAAAAAUUUAUUUUGUGCUUUUUUAGUGCUUUCAUCAGUGAUAUUGCAUUAUGAUAUAAAGGCAACAAAAAAAAAAAAAAAAAAUGAAACAAAAGUUUUAAUAAAUUCUCAACGCAAAUAGUUACAAGUCCUUCAGAUAAAUUUUUUAUCUAUUACGAUUUUUUGGAAAUUGAAAUUUUCGAAAGAAAAAACAAGAAAAUUUGAUAAUAUUGAAGUUUUGAAAUUUUGAAAAUUGAAUUUUGUAAAAAAUUUCUUGUACUGUACAAAAAGAAACGAAAAUGUCGAAUCAAACAUCGAAAAAAGAAAAUCGUGAAGAGAGUCUUCUUCAUCUUCAUCCAGAAGGGACUGAGGAAGAAGUUGAUAAAGAAUGGGAAGAAUUCUCGCGACUUUUGACCAAAUUUAAAGAAAGAAGAAGCCAACCCAGACCUCAAGCGUUCUACCCUUGUCCUCCAUCAAAUCUCGACGAUGAUCAACAAUAUUUCGAUCCUUUCGACUACUUUAACACUGUUAUGUAUGGCCGCUAUACGAAGGACCUCGGUGAAUAUGCAAAAGAAGAGGCACGAAGGCUCAAGUCACAUAAAAAGUCGAGAAGAAAAUUGGACAAGGCGAGGGCCGAGGACCUUAGAAAAUCAACAAGAGGUCCUUUAUGCAGAAAAUUGGUGUCACUGUUGGCCUUCGCCUGGAAACACACUGGAGCAAGGCUCGGCGAAGAUUGGGUCUUCCUGGCAUUGCUUGGAGUUAUAAUGGCACUUAUUAGCUAUGUGAUGGAUCGAGGCAUUUCCAUGUGUAAUAACGCUAGGAUAUGGCUCUUUGGAGAACUCACAACUCAUCCUGCUCUACAAUACAUUGCCUGGGUUUCACUUCCAAUGUGUUUAACUUUAUUCAGCGCAGGAUUUGUUCACAUUGUUGCACCUCAAAGUAUAGGAUCAGGAAUACCAGAAAUGAAGACAAUUUUACGUGGUGUUGCCUUAAAGGAAUAUCUAACAUUUCGCACUCUUGUUGCCAAAGUUAUUGGACUCACUGCCACAUUGGGAUCUGGAUUACCACUUGGCAAGGAAGGUCCAUUUGUUCAUAUUGCCAGUAUAGUGGCAACUCUUCUUUCAAAAUUGGUAACCAGCUUUCAGGGAAUUUAUGAAAAUGAAAGUAGAAAUUGUGAAAUGUUAGCGGCGGCCUGUGCAGUUGGUGUGGCUUCAUGUUUUGCUGCUCCAAUUGGUGGUGUUUUAUUCAGUAUUGAAGUAACAACUGUUUAUUUUGCUGUUAGAAAUUAUUGGCGUGGAUUUUUCACUGCUGUAUGCGGUGCAACAAUGUUUCGUCUUUUAGCAAUUUGGUUUCAACGAGAGGAAACAAUAACGGCCAUGUUCCUCACUAAUUUCACCAAUGACUUUCCAUUUGAUCCUCAGGAGCUAUUUGUAUUUGCUCUCAUUGGAGUUGGGAGUGGACUUGGUGGAGCGUUUUAUGUUUGGCUACAUAGACAAUACGUUAUUUUUAUGAGGAAGAACAAGAGCAUGAACAGCUUUUUACAAAAGAAUCGAUUUUUAUAUCCUGGAAUUGUUUCUUUAAUGGUAUCAUCAGCGUCAUUUCCCUUGGGACUUGGUCAAUUUAUGGCUGGUGAUUUAAAUACUCACGAUCAAGUUCAUGGACUCUUUACUAAUUUCACGUGGACAAAAGAAAAUCUCAAUGUCGAGGAAGUGAAUAUUGUUAAACAUUGGGUUACACAACAUUCUGAUGUAUUUAUUGGACUAUUAAGUUUCACAUUAUUUACGUUCGUUUUUUCAAUUAUAAGUUCUACUGUACCUGUUCCAUCUGGAAUCUUCAUUCCCGUUUUUAAAAUAGGAGCAGCUCUUGGUAGAUGUGUAGGGGAAGGAAUGGCUUUAUGGUUUCCAACGGGAGUUCGAUAUGGAGGAAUUAUAACUCCAAUAAUUCCAGGUGGAUAUGCAACUGUUGGUGCAGCUGCAUUUUCAGGAGCUGUGACGCACACAAUUUCAGUGAGCGUUAUCAUCUUUGAAAUGACUGGUCAAAUCACUCAUAUAGUUCCUGUUAUGAUAGCUGUUUUAAUUAGUAAUGCAAUUGCCGCUCUAUUACAGCCCAGCAUAUAUGACAGUAUCAUUUUAAUUAAAAAGUUACCGUAUCUUCCUGAUCUUUUGCCAUCAAGUUCCGGAAUGUAUAAUGUUUACGUUGAAGAUUUUAUGGUAAGGGAUGCAAAAUAUAUUUGGCAUGGAAUAACAUAUCAGAGAUUAAAAGAAAUUUUAAAAGAAAAUAGAAAACUUCGUGGCUUUCCAUUAGUGGAUAAUCCUGAUUCAAUGAUUCUUCUUGGAUCAAUUCAAAGACUUGAACUUAUUAAAUUAAUAGAAAAACACAUUGGCAGAGAAAGACGAUUACAGGUCGCUCAAAAAAUGCAAAAAGAAGCUGAAGAAAGAGUGAGAGAAGAAAUGGAGAGACAACUGAAAGAACAAGAAAGAUCAAGAAGACCCUCUAGAUUUGAGGUGAUACCAGCUCCCGAUAUUCUUAAAAUGCAAAGGCAAAGUGCUACCGAUUUAUCAAUGUCAGGAAAUAACGGAAGUGCCUCUGAUAAUCAUAUUUUUCACGCUCCUGUUUUUGGAACUCAACCGAAAAAGUCAAUAUUAAAGAAGACAAAUUCCUUUACUCUCAAAGGUUUUAGUCCUUUGGCCAGUCCGGCUGUUACUCCGUAUACAACAGUUACGGGAGCUGAGAGCAGAAUAAGGCUGGCCUUUGAAGCAAUUUUUAGAAAAUCUGCCACAUUGCAGGAUGUUGAUCCAGAUCCAGAAUUAGGAUCGCGAGGAAGACGUGACAGCGAAGAUGGAAUAAAUGCUCAACCACAUCAUCCAAUGCUUGCCCCGAGUCCUGCUACUUUAAAGAAAGUUCAACUCCCUCGAGAAAGAGUGAUUGAUAUGUCAGCAGAAGACCAGAAAAUAUGGGAGGAAAGUGAAAUGGCUCUUGAAGUUGAUUUUUCAGUUUGUCAUAUUGAUCCUGCUCCAUUUCAGCUUGUUGAAAGGACAUCUUUACUCAAAGUUCACAGUCUUUUUAGCAUGGUUGGAGUUAAUCAUGCAUAUGUGACUGUAAUCGGUAGGCUAGUGGGUGUAGUGGCUCUCAAAGAAUUAAGAAAAGCAAUUGAAGACGCUAACUCAGGAAUUCUCCCAGUCCACAAUGAGUCUAAUCUUUCAGUUUCAAAUUCGAGUCUCUUUAAAAUUGAUCCCAAUAUUAAUCGAAAUAAUAGUAACAAUCACACUAAUUCGGUAGCUUUAAAUCCAAUAGGAUUUGAAAAUAUUAAUAAAAUCGAUAAGGUCUAGAAAAAAAAAAGUUGUAAAUCGACCACAUAUAUUUUCAAUUGUGAUAGUUGCGUUACAAUUGUGUAACGCAGCCUUUAUAAAAAAAGAGUGUUUCACUUCUUCAUAAUAUUUCUUAUAUAUUGUGCACAAGAAUAAUUGUCCAAUAUUGUGUAUACGAAUGCAAAGCAUAAUAUUAUUUUAAAUUCUGAGAUUUUAGGGAAAGAAUAUUUGAUUUUAAAAAUUCCAAAAAAAAAAAACAAAAAAAAAAAGAAUCAGAUUUUAAUUUUUAAAAAUGUACUUGUGAUGUACUUAAAUCAUUAACAAACAGAAUGAUAUACAACUACCAGAGAAAGAAAUUUUUUUUUUUUUGAAAUAUUUGUUAUAUUACUGUCUUUAUAUUUGUCGACAACAUUAAGAAUUGGUGAUUAUUUUAAUGUUUUCUUUAAAAAAAAUUUUAACAAAGUUACAUUAUUUAUUUUUUAAUUAUCACAAUUUUAUAAUUUUUUAAAAUAAUAAUAAUAAUAAUAAUAAUAAUAAUAUAAAAUACCACUUAAAAAAUAGUCGAUUUCACACGACUACACAUUUAUGGUAGUUUAUAUAAUUCGUAAAGUGACUUGACAAAUCAAUUUUAUCCCUAAAUCUCAUAUCAAAAAUUUUCUAUAAAAAUUUUAUGAUUUUAAAUAUUUACGAUGAUUGAGUUCGUUUUGUAUCAAAAAACAAUUUUUAAUACUUUUUUUUAAAACAAAUCAACUGUAUCGUAAUUUUUAUAAAAAAUUUUGAUUUAUUACAUUUUCAAUUGAAUGCAAAAGAAUUUUGUUAAUAAAAGAGUGUAGUUUCUUGUCAUGUUAACUUAUAUUGCAAUAUGUAUGUAUAUGUUUAUUAUUAUUUUACUCUCAGAAUGAUUUAUAUUUAAAUAUUUUAAGAGAUCAUGUCCAGUAAUAUAGACCAAAUUAUUUUGUCUCGUACGAUAAUCGUGAUACCAGUUUUCAAAAUUGUACAUUAAUCAACAUUAUAAUUUUUUUUAAGAUUCAUUGAAAAUGAGCGAAAAAAUUUUUUUUUUAAUUAUCAUUACACUCAUACCUUUCGGCAGUGACGAAUUUUUUCGAGUAAUAAUUGUCGGAGGGAAUUUUUGUCGUUUCAAAUCGAAUUGAAAAUUAUCGAAUUUCUAGUUAGCAGCAUAUUUUAUAAAAUGGAUUUUAUAAUGUUUCAAAUAUCAUAACGAAGAAUUUCUAUUUAACAAAAUUUUUAUGAAAGAAAAUUUCUAUUCGAACUAAUUUUUUUUUUAACAAAAUUAUCAAUUAACAGAAAUUCUAUUUUGCUGAAUGUUUAAGUGAAAGAAUUUCUAGUUCACCAAAAAUCCAUUUGACCGAACUUUCCGAAUUGUCAUUUGGUAGAACUGUUAAAACGUCGAAUUUGCAUUUUAUAGAAUUUUUACAUUUCCGAUCAUACACCUGGACAAAAUAUUUCAACGGGAGUUUUAAAGUCAACCAAUUACAAUUUUUUUCAUAAUUUUUGAUUGGUCAAUUUUAAAACUCCCGCUAAAAAUGUUUCGGACGGGUGCAUGAUCGAAAAUGUAAAAAUUCUAUCAAAUGAAAAUUUGCCGUUUUAAUAGUUCUACCAAAUGACAAUUUGUAACAAAUGAAAAUUCGGUCAAAUGAAGUUUCGAUGAAAUAAAAAUUCUCUUACUUAAAGAAGAUGGAGGCCUUAACAUAACCUAAAAACUGAAAAAUGGUUUUUAACGCAAACAAAACUAAUAAAAAAUUAAUUUCUAAAAAUUUUAGAAGAUUUGGUUAUGG